CCGUAGGUGGGAAAGGCUUGUUGCCUAACAACACGAAACAUUGUGAAUCUCAGCACGGCUUUGGUAAACAAUUAAAGUGAUGCUCUCAACAUGUCCAGCAGCAGAGAAAAAGCAGCAACUAAUCGAGUGCUGAACUUCCUGUGCGAGUGGGACCGUGGGAAUAAAUCCACUCGCAUGCAAAUGCUUCAGAAAUUCCUGCAGGAAAACACAGGAAAGACGAGUCCUGAGCUGGAGCUAGAGUUCGCUCAGGCUGCCAGUCUGUUCCUCACUCGCAUCACAGCCUGGAUGAGACUCACCUACAUGUUCAGCACCUGUCUGCAACUUCAGCUCAGAGCACUGGGAGUCUUCCUCUCUGCUGCCAGCAAUCACCAGUAUCUGUUUGAGUUCCUGGAGGUGGGAGGUGUAAUGACUCUUUUGGAGAUUAUCAGUCAGAUGCAGACCAGUGAGGAGGAGAAAGCUGAAGCUCUGCGUCUGCUCUGCAUCAUUUCUAACGCUGGACGCAAGUACAAGGAGAUCAUCUGUGAAAGCCAUGGAGUGAAGGUUGUAGCACAGUGUAUGGUGAAGUCAGACUCAGAGGAGACGCAGCACACAGCGUCCCGUCUGCUGGAGUCUCUGGCUCACGGAAACCCCACAUACCAACAACAUGUUUAUGAAGGACUCGUCUCUCUACUGACCUGCAGCUCACCUACAACUACACAACUCACACUACACACUCUACACGCUGUCCAGGUCGUAGUAAAGACGCCUCAUCCUGCUGUCGUGGAGCCGUUGUUGAAUCUGCUGAGCUCUUUCCAGCUGGAGGUGCAGUAUGAAGCUUUAGAGCUGAUUAAAUAUCUACAUCAGACGGAGGUGAGAGAAGCUCUUCUCAACGCUCUGAUCGCUCUGCUCAAACCCACCAAGGUCCUGCAGGAUCCAGCGAUGGAGAAGAUGAAUGACUUACCGCUCUUCAUACAGCAGGCAGCAGCAGCUAAAGCCCUAAGGAUGUUGGCUGUGGAGACCCGUGAGACGUCUGAAGAACUGAUCAGUCUUGGAGUCGUGCACCAUUUACUGUAUGCCAUGGGCAACCAGGAGCACGCUGAUGCUCAGAGACAGGCCAGCCUGGCUUUAAUGCAUUUUGUGAGCUCAUUCCCUGUGGUUGAGAAACACGUGUGUAGGGCCAUGGGCCCGGCUCUGUUCAACUCAUUUAUGCAUAACGCUGAGCUGCUCUACAUGAACAUGGAUGAAAUUCAGGCUGAUAUCUUACUGAGCAACAAAGUGGACAUUUCAAGAGUAAUGAAGAAAGUAAAAGCUGAAGUGAGAAAUAAAACCCGAGCAGAAAAGAAACCUGACAGGAAACUAAAGAGAGACAGAAACGAAGCGCCGUCCGAGUCGCCGUAUCACUGCUUUCACCAUGUGGAGGAGAUCAGACUGUUUCGAUCUCGCCUGCUGUCUUGGUACGAUGGGACUAAGAGGGAGCUGCCGUGGCGUACGCUGGCUGCGACGGAGGACGACGUUGACGUCAGGACGUACGGAGUUUGGGUAUCAGAGGUCAUGCUGCAGCAGACUCAAGUUGCCACGGUGAUCGAUUAUUACAAGCGAUGGAUGAAGAAGUGGCCGACGGUGCAGAACCUCGCAGCAGCUUCAUUAGAGGAGGUGAAUCAGAUGUGGUCAGGACUCGGUUAUUACUCACGAGGACGCCGACUGCACGAAGGAGCUCAGAAGGUGGUGCAUGAUCUCAGAGGUGAGAUGCCAAAAAGUGCCGAAAAUCUUCUGAAGCAGCUUCCUGGAGUUGGACGAUACACAGCUGGAGCUGUGAGCUCCAUCGCACAGGGACAGGUGACCGGUGUGGUGGAUGGAAACGUAACGCGCGUCCUGUGUCGGGUUCGAGCCAUCGGAGCAGACAGCAGCAGCUCUCACGUUACUGACACACUGUGGAAGUUGGCUGAUGUGCUGGUGGACCCGGAACGACCUGGAGACUUUAACCAGGCUCUGAUGGAGCUGGGGGCCACAGUGUGCACUCCCAAAAGCCCUCAGUGUGCUCAGUGUCCCGUACACACACACUGCCACGCCUACAGAAGGGUCCAAUUACACCAAGACAGGAGCUCCAGGAGACUUCUGGUUAAACCGGACUCGGCACCUAACAGCUCCAUCCCUGAUGUAGAGAACUGCGCGAGCACCGGUGCCUGUAAUUUGUGUCUGUCAGAGGACUGGAACAGUGAGAUCGGGGUGCAGAAUUUUCCCCGUAAACUCGUGAAGAAGGCGCCCCGUGUGGAGCGGACGCUGGUCUGCGUGCUGCGGCAGCGGUGUGGCGGUGACGGAGAGACUCGGUACCUGCUCACACAGAGGCCCAGUAAAGGGCUGCUGGCUGGAAUGUGGGAGUUACCCAGCAUGCUGUUGGAGGAGGGCAUGUCUGAGAAGAAGCACAGAGACCUGCUAAGCGCUGAGGUGAAAAGGAUUGUGGGAACUGCACCAGAGUCCUUACAGUAUGUGGGAGAAGUGGUGCACAUCUUCUCCCACAUCCACCAAACGUACGUAGUUUACAGCGCGAGUGUGUGUGAGUCUGUAGAACGUGAGAGAGAGCAGAAGAUCUGCUGGCUCGACCAAUCAGCUCUGCAGAAGGCCGCCAUUUCCACCGGGGUUAAAAAGAUCAUGAAGCUUUAUUACGAGACCACAAGCGAACCUCAGGACACAAAGAAUAAGAAGCGAAAGCUUUCUGAAGCUGAAAAAGAGAAAAUGUCCAAACGAGCAGGAAGCGCGACUAACGGCGGCCCGAAGCAGCUCUCGCUCAACAGCUUCUUCACCUCUAAACCAAAGAGCAGUUAAACUCUCACAUAUGACGCACGAGUCGAUUCUCACAGACUCUCUGUUCGAUUCAGAUCUCACAAUCUGACACUCCACUUCAUUCAGGUCUUUGCUUUUGACUCAUGAAUCAAAUUGGAUCUCAGAAUCAGACUCAUGGGAUGAUGAUUCAGAGUGCUAGGAAACAAUACUGAAUCAAUUCUUUAUACAUUUUGAUUCUUUUGCUAAUUUCACACUAAAGUGACCAUUUUAAAACAAAUAUAACAGUUACGUUUGAAUGUUUUUCUACUUUUUUUUUUUAUAUAUAUAAUUGUUUUCAUAUUUUGUAACAUAAUCCAUAAGAACAAGAAUAAUUUUCCCCAAAUCUACUGUAUUUAGAGAAUGAGCAACAAAAAUGAUCCAGUGUUCGUUUAUCGUUAAAAUGUGGUACGGAAAACGAAAUCUUACCUUCUGUUAGAGUUCAGGCUUCAUCAGAAUCAUCGCAUACAAAUAAACCCUACAGUGUCUGAGCGGAUUUUUAACCAAUCUGAUAAAUUCUGAUUAUUAAAGAGAAAAUCAUGGUGCACUUAAUAAGAAUUGAUUAUUUCUUAUAUUUCUGUUGUCAAUAAUCCAAAUCGUAUAACAUCGGUGUAAAGAACGCUACAGUUUUAUACGAACAUAAAGACAAAACAUUAAUCUGAAUAAUGAUAUGAAAUAACGCUUCGUUGCGUUGGCUGUCGUUUGUUCUUCUAUCGUCGUUUUAUGUCUUUCAUUUUCUUUUAUACUCGACUUUUAAUGAAAUGUGCUUUAGAAAUAAAUGACUAAAAAGUUGCUUUCUGUAUUUUAUAGCAAACGUCAUUAUGUACACGUGUGUGUGUGUGUGUGUGUGAGUGAGUGAUUUAAAACCAAGUACCAGUGCAGACCCUGUGUUUACGUCAAAGGUUAAAUCAGAGAGGAUUCAGCAGACCUGUAGAUAAGAGCUGGGGUGCAAACUGGGACAUGAUCUUGGCUGUGGACCAGGAGGCCAUCUUCUAGCAGCUUCUGUAAUUCAGCAACUCCACACACACACACACACACACACACACACUCCUCUGUCUGGGGGAGAACAGAUGAUGAUGGGGUUCCACAGAGGAGACACUGGAGCUGUUUGAUGUCCACCAUGUUGUAUAUACUGUAACUUACAUCACAUGAUUCACUGAAUUUGAUUCAUUAAAACACUUAAAUAAAGAAAGGAUGUUACUGUGUUA